CAACAUACUAUUGUUAUUCUAAAUAAAGCAAAUUCGAUAGCUAUUAGCUACUGCUAAUCCUACCUAGUACAAAUAUUCGAACCAAAUAAAACGGACUUAAAAAUCGUUGGUACUUAUUGAUUUGGCAUUGCUAAUCUCAACCAACCUCGUCCAAAUUUUUACUUGAGUUUUCUUUUUAAGUUGGAUAUUCUUUUGAGUUUUGAGCAGGAUGGUUGCUCCGGACAAAAUGUGGUGUCUACAUUACCGACGAGAACCUCAACUUCAAGGUGGUUGUGGGGUGGACCGAGACUUAGGGACCCCCCGUCUAGCUUAAGACGUAAAACAAGCGCUUGUAUAGAGGCAACCCAACCCAUCGGUUUUCACUUUCUUUACCCAUUUCUAUGAAAUAAUACAUGCAGGAUUUAUGUUAUUUGUAGGUGUGUUAAAAAUUUUGUUAGAAAUUCAGCCUUUUCCAUGCUUGUACUUGACAUAUCGGAUGUUUGGUUUGUGUAUUUGUUGAACCAAAGUCAAUUAUAGUGGGUGAAUGUCUUGAUUAGUCCAAUGGGAUCCUAGAACAUGUGCUUGUGAAUGUGUAUGUGGGUUUGGAGGUCUUGAUGGGUUUGUUAUGUUUGAUAUUGAGUAUAGUGAAUGAAUGCCCACCAAGUGCUCCAUGAAAUGUUCAAACUACAAAUAUCUUGUUUUCUUGAUUUACUACUUUUGAAUUGAACAUGUAUAACAAGUGUAGACCCUUAGACGUGUGCUCAUGGAUUGAUACUGAAUUUUUUAUGCAUGAUCCAAAGUUUGCAACUUGAGCUCAAUCUCGAUUUUGUAAUUUUAUGUGCUUUUAGUUCAAGCUUUGGUUGUUGCCUAAUGAGGUAAUCCUUGCCAUUGGCCACGGUAUAGGAACUUUUAAAAGACAUAACGCUCUAGUUUUCAUGCAUUAAUUUUCGAACUUAGUUUUUAUUAUAUGCACUGUAACCUAUGCACCCACAAUUUAUACAUUGUAACAUUCUAUUGUAGGGAUGCAUAGAGUUGAAUCUAAGGAUGUUUUUUGUUAUUCAGUUGAUCGAGUUGAAUCUAAAGAUGUUUGUUUGGAUAUAUCCUGUGAUUUUUUCUCUUGAGUAGGCAUUCCCACAAAGGAAAAAGAUUUUAUAUGAGAGAGAGCUCAAACCCUCCUCCCGGGACCUCUAUUCCACCUAGCCCUCGUCAUUAUACAUGGAGGAAUCAUAAUCGGGCUAGGCAAGAAGAGAAAAUGAAGCCUCAAAUUCUUGUAAAACAUGAAAGGGGAGUACGCUUUUUCACCCCAAAGAAUCUAAACACUGUUUCAAUUCUUGGCAUCUAGCGCCCAGGUAGUGUAGAAGCUCUCCUCGAACGCACUUUCUUACCCCGCUUCGAGUAGCCGUACUCCUAUCCUAUCCCCCUCGUCCUUCCCCUCAGUCCAGCAAAAGUCACCGCCCAUACUCUACAGUCAGCGCUACAGUUGUCGUACCUUUCCUACUCUUUUUCCACAAAAUCAAGCAUUCACCGGUCAGUGCUCGGUCAUGUCUAUCUCUUCGCCGUUCCAUUCUGCUAUCCCCAAUUUUCCCAUUCCCUUAACCCCUGCCCACUGCCUCGCUCACGCAACCGCCCAUAAUUUCUGCGCCGCUUGCUUUCCUUCACUUUGUGCAGAGAAAAUUGAUUGCUUUCUUCUCGCCCAAAUCGUCCUCUUCGGUUCCAUCUCUCAUUCUAUUCUUUAGCUUCCUCUUUCUCCCCGUAACCGCCACAGCCUUCCGGCUAACCCGCUCAGCCGCUGUUGCCUCUUCUACUCGCCGCCAUGAAUCAUAUCGUCUUCUCGAAGCUGGCAUGCCUGAGGCGAAGGUCCUGCUCUCAAAUUGCGCCUCCUCCAUACAUGGAUGGCUGGGAACUCUUCCGGCCCGACGGGUUCUCUGAAUACGCGACACUUUGGAUGGACGAAUUGGGGGUGCUGGUACAGGGGCUUGCCUCCAAGCAUCUGUCGGAUCAAUUGAAAGAGGUUCUUUCUAUUGGGAAGAUUUACUUCAUCACACAGUUCUCCCAACGCGAGGCAAAAAAACGCCGUGGCAGGAGAUAAAGGUGUUGAGAUCACCGAGAUUUUGCCGCAGUGUGACGAUGUGGUGAAAGUGUGAUUGGAUUGACUCACUACAGCAACAAACGUUUGUUAAGGUAGGUUGUUCAUGAGUUAGAUAGUUUUGUGAAAGUGAAAAACUUUAAUGAUUUACUACUUACCAUCAUCGGUUACUUCUUUCGUAUUCAAGGGAUCGAUGAGAUACACAAGUGAGGGACGCCAGGAAGAAUGUGAAGACUUCAUACUAGAGAAGAACAAACCAAGAAAAAACCGAAGGAGAAGAAAUCCAUGAAAGAAUUUGCAGAUCUGAAAUGGGAAGUUACAAAGUAGGAAGGAACUUUUAAAUCGCUUAGGUCUUCUUCCAUAGGUACAUUUGCUGGAUUAUUUAUUGAACUUGGUCACUCUUUCAUCGGGGUUUUUCCUUCUUUCAGGCGCCAAUAACACAGUCGACCUGUCUUAGGUGUUGUUGCAGGUUAUUGCGCAAGCGAAUUGCAGAAUUUUUUGGCAGUUCUCAAGUUUGUUUAUUUUUAUGUACUCUCAAGGAAGGAGGAGAGUUGCUGCAACAGCUUAGCAGCAGAAGUAGAAAGAUCAGGAAUGAGUGACUUAUAGUGAGAGAGGGAGAAUGAAUGCUGGGAGGAGGAAGAUGUGAAGCAGAAGACUUGGUAAAGGAGGAGAAAGAGUCGCACACAACAACCAACAUUUCAUUGCCUACUCGCUUGAGCUUCGAAGUUCUGGUACUUUGCCCUCUCAUCACUGCUGCUGCUGUUUCUCCAUAAUGAAUGAACUGAAAUGCAUUGGAGGAAGGAAAGAAAAAUAGCUUUGGCCGUCUUAGGUAUUGGAACUCAAAGUUGGGAUGGAGUUCUGGUGUGGGUAUAUUAUAGAAUAAGGUGGAAGCAACUUGAGGUGUUCGUUUGAUAAACAGACAGACGAUUGCAAGCCUUCUCUCUGCCUGCAGCUAUUUGUUUUGUUCAAAUAAAGUGCCUGGCGAAAUAAAGAAACCUUACAAAGAAAAGAACACGCCAGGUGCAUUUUGUGAUUAGUUAAUCUCCUGAAAUUUGUUGCAAUUUUGCUCUUUUGGUUCGUUUUGCUCCAGCCUUGGUAGGUUUUGGUGAGCUAGGGAAUAAUUGAGGGUCAAGAAAGAGCACAUAGAAGGAUGACCCAUCCAUGACGGACAGACAUGAACCCUGCUAAUACUUGCAUUGUUCCUUUUCUUUGCCCCUGCUUUCGAUUGCUUUGUUUUCUCAAUUAUUUCUUUAGCUCUAUAUUGUUACCAUUCUCAAUACAUUAAGGUAUCUAUGCUAGCUGAUAAUGGAUACUGUCAAGUGCAUUAGGUCACAUCCAAGACUAAACUAACUCGAGGCUUUGGCUCUACCUUUUUGCCCUGGUGGUUCAUUGUUUACUAUGGAUUCAACUCAUUGAUGGACAUGAUUCAUUAUUUUCUAUUACAGAAGGACAUACAUUUUCUCUGUUCCAUCGACUGAAAAACUUGGAUGUGAUGGAGCAAUUCCAGAACUCUACUUGACUGGAAAUUUGCUUUAGAUUGUGGUGGACGGUGGCAGUGGUUAGGGUAUUGUGGGUUUGACAACGGUGGUGGUUCUGCAGUUAGACCAUCUUCCGGGAACAACAGGUAAUUACUGUAGUUCUUGGCUGCACUUCAUCCCCAACUCUAUCUUCCUCUCAUCCCCAACUGGGAGCUUCUCAUUGUUGUCUCAUUAGUAAUAGCCUCGAAUUUGUUUAUACAGGCCAACACAUGUGCAUAAAGCACCUACUUGACAACUGCAACGUGAUAGAAAUACUGGAUGAGGGGUACACAGACCAAGGAAAGGAGUUGAAAGAAAUGGCGGUGAGAUACUGGUUUGAAGCCUCAAAUUUGCCAAGGUAGAAGGUCAAAGGCAGCAAUUGGUCUUGAUUGUGUGUAGUGACUAUGGAUUAUUACUUAACAUAGAAGUCUAAUGCAUAAUAGACUAGCUUUAUACGAGUUUUAUGAUACCUGUUUUGAUGGAAUUAAUGUUUCAUAGAUAAAAAGAGAAUUGAAUCAUCUUGCUUAAUUAGAAUGUAUAAAUAUUAAAUAGUCCCUGCGGCGUAGCAGUGGGUAUUGAUACUAGUUCAAAGAGGAAUAACAAGUACAUCAAUACUAGUUCAAAGAGGAAUAACAAGUACAUCACUAUGAACAACCACAAGUAAAUGAAUAACAACAACCACAACAAUAACAACAAGACGACGAGUAGUACAUUCAAGGAAAUUCAGGGCCGAAUCCUACCUCUUUCUAUCUUAAUUUCUUUCUUUUUCAUUUUUCUUUAUUUUGACUUGAACUAUACCCACCAUUAUUUUCCUUUGUCGUACUUAUUUACUGUUGUGUAAACAACACUAGUAGUAAAGUAAGGUAGAACUUUAUAUAUAUUUAUGUUUUGUGUCUUAUAACCCCUCCUUUUCGUGUGUGUGUGUGUGUGUCAUGGCUUGUAUGUUUAAAAGGUGUUUGGAUGAAUAGGUUGCUUGUUUGAGAAUCUUGACUCCAAGGUAUAUAGCUUUGACGGAAGUUGCUUGGUUUUGUGAGUUCUCCCAACUAUAAAUUUUCAACGAAAUAAAGAGGCUUGUAGCUUGUUCCUAAAUGGUGCUACAAUCCCAAAGAGAAAUUUUUAAAAGGAGAAUAAUAGUUGAGGGGAAGGAAGAUAAUAGAAUCGUUGAAAGCAUUCCAUCGUCUUGCCUACGCCAAUGGGUUGCGAUAUUGUAUCUAGCACGGGUCUCUGAUCAUCCUACUAUCCUACUGAAUUCUAGUCGAAACUUACUGAAGCAAGUCAAACGUUGGCAUGGAAACUAUGCACUUCAAGUCACUAGUAACUCGUCUCCUAAGAAACAAAUUGAGAGUAGAGGCUAGGGACUUCAAGUUGUAUGUUUUAGUCACAUGUUUUCUUGGAGACAAGCAAACGUCUUAGUGUGGGGGAAUUCGAUAACACCUAAAAUGGUGUUAUCUAUCCCUCAUUGCUUAGUUGUUUUCUUAAGGAUUCAAGCGUCCACAAUACAUUUAACUCUUUAUU